AUGGCGGUGGGCAAAGUGGAACCGUUUGAUAUUCACAAAGGCUGCUGGGAAGCGUACAAGGACCGAGUGGAACAAUACUUUCUGGUGAACGACGUCAAGACCGAAAGGAAAGUUCCACUACUGAUCACGUUGAUGGGUGCCGAGGCGUACGAGCUGUUAGUAACUUUGUGUACGCCGGCAAAACCGUCCACCUUAACAUACGACGAAAUUAACAAACUGUUAACCAACCAUUUACAGCCUACGCCCAGUGUGUUGGCCGAAAGGUACAAGUUUCGCCAGCGUAAACAGGCAAAAAGUGAAUCGGUAGCAGAUUACUUAGCAGAUUUGAAGAAAUUAAGUAGAUUUUGUGACUUCAAAACUUGGUUGGACGAAAGUAUAAGAGACCAGUUUGUGUGCGGUUUACAUAGUGAGAGCAUUCGUUUAAGGUUAUUCACGGAAAAGGACCUUAAAUUAAAAACGGCUACGGACUUAGCAAUUGCAAUGGAGGCGGCGGAAUUUAAUGCAGCGGAGGUAGCUCGUCGAAAUAAUCCGGGAGGUGAGCGUGAGUCGGCAGGUUGCUAUGAAAUUAGCGAAGCAACGGGUGCGAGCGGUGUGUUACGGGCUAGAGCGAGAGGCAACACACGAGCGGUAGCAAGCCGGCGAGGCGGUGCAACGACAAGCGGAAACGGGCGAGCAUGGCCGAACGGACAGCGUAGAAAUGGCGGCGCGGAAGUGACACUGACAACUGAUUAUUCGCGAUCAAAAGUAGGUCACGGCCAACUUUGUUCUGUUUGUGGACGAGAUCAUUCCAGUGAAACCUGCAAAUUUAAAAUGUAUUCAUGUCGUGUGUGCAACCAGGAGGGACACUUAAAGAAGAUGUGCCCGCGAUUGGCGCGUUCCGUGGGGCACCAUUAUGUUAUUACGGAAACGGGAAACCAAUCGAUCCCAGAAGAUGAUUUAGAGGUAAAUGUUUCUUUUGUUAAACAAAAUAAGUGUGAUUCCAAAUAUCCGCCGUAUAAAAUGAUGAUAAAUGUAAACAAUAGGGACCUAUUCAUGGAAAUUGACACUGGAAGCCGAAUUUCAUGUAUUAGUACGCAAUUUUAUGAAACUCAUUUUAGUGAUUGUGUUUUAGAGGCCAGCAAUUUGAGGUUAUGUUAUUUGACAGGAGAAAGUGUGCCGACACUAGGAAUGAUAAAAUCUGUAGUGCGUUUGGGCAACCUGAGCAAAGUUUUGGACUUGUAUGUAAUAGAUAAUGGCAAAGAAAACUUGUUAGGAAGAGAGUGGUUAACUGAGUUGGGUAUUAUAAAAAGAGUUGAGCAACAGUUACAAUUAAUGCAUUAUGUAAAAUCGAAUGAAGUUUUUGAUUUGACGGAAUUUAGUUCCAGAUUUAAAGACGUAUUCUCGGAGGGGCUGGGCCGGUACAAUGGCGGGCUGGUCACGCUGCGGGUGAGAGACGGCGCCAGGCCGGUAUUCCUGCGCGCACGGCCGCUGGCGUACGCCCUUCGUGGACCGGUGGAGCGGGAGCUCGAGCGACUGCAGCGAGAAGGGGUCAUAACACCAGUGGAAACAGCGGACUGGGCGACUCCGAUUGUUCCCGUGGUCAAGUCAGAUGGAUCCCUCCGGAUUUGUGGGGAUUACAAGAUAAGUUUGAACAAGUAUUUAGAAGUGGACCGUUUUCCCUUGCCAAGAGUGGAGGAUUUGUUUGCCAAAUUACAUGGUGGUAAAAAGUUUAGUAAGAUUGACCUGUCACAGGCAUAUGCCCAGCUAGUUCUGGAUGAUACCUCCAAGUAUACAGUCAUAAACACACACAAGGGGCUGUUUAAAUAUAAUCGCCUUAUAUAUGGUUUAUCCUCGAGUCCUGGUAUUUUCCAGAGAAUUUUGGAACAAAUGUUUGUGGACAUACCUCGAGUUGGUGUGUUUUUAGAUGAUGUGGUUAUUACAGGGUUAGAUGAUCAAGAACAUUUAAAGAAUUUAACUGCAGUUUUUGAGCGACUACAAAAGUAUGGUUUAAAAAUAAAAAAAGAAAAAUGCUCUUUCAUGUCAGAAUCUAUAACAUACUUGGGUUAUGUUGUAAAUAAUGAAGGUAUUCAUACAUGCCCUAAGAAGAUAGAAGGAAUAUUGAAUGCAACAACGCCUGGCAACGUAGCUGAGCUGAGAUCUUUUAUAGGCAUGACAAUGUAUUAUGCUAAAUUUGUAAAAAAUAUUAGUACAAUAAUGGCCCCGUUAUAUGCACUAUUAAGGAAGGAAAUGAAGUUCAAUUGGACAGCUGAGUGUGAUAAAGCCUUUAAUAGAAUAAAACAUUUAUUGUCUUCCAGCAAGGUGUUGGUACACUAUUCACCAGAGCUGCCGCUGAUUUUGACUACUGAUGCCAGCAGCCAUGGGGUGGCCGGCGUUAUAUCACACGUCAUGCCAGAUGGUACAGAGCGAGCGAUAGCAUAUGCGUCCCGAGUUUUGAAUAAAGCAGAGCGAGCAUACUCGCAGAUUGACAAAGAAGCAUUGGGAAUUAUAUACUCAGUAAAAAAAUUCCAUCAAUACCUGUAUGGUCGUCGGUUUGUUUUAAGAACAGAUCACAAACCAUUAGUGACAAUUUUUGGGGACAAAGCAGGUAUUCCAGUAAUGGCUGCUAGCCGCUUGCAAAGAUGGGCAGUAAUCCUGGGUGGCUAUCAAUACGACAUUGAAUACAUUCCAACAGCUAAGAAUGCCGCGGAUGCAUUAUCGAGAUUACCAUCAACUAGUCAGGAUGUCAAGGACUACACAGAGGUAACAUAUAUAAACUUUGUGCAAGAUUUCCUACCUAUAACGAGCACGGAGGUGAGGAAAGAGACAGAAAAAGAUGAAACACUAAGGAAAGUAAACCAAUUUUUAAACAGGGGCUGGCCGAGUCAUUGUUUAGAGGAAGAAAUUAAACCAUAUUUUGCACGACGACAGGGACUAUAUAAUGAUACAGGCUGCGUUAUGUGGGGAUACCGAAUGGUGAUACCAGCAGCACUGCGGCCUAGCAUUAUGAAGGAGUUACAUAGCAGUCACCAGGGUAUGGUGAAGAUGAAGGGCAUAGCCCGCAGUUUCGUUUGGUGGCCAGGUAUUGAUAAAGAAAUUGAACAAACUUGCAAGCUUUGUGCAAUCUGUGCGGCAGACGCAGCAGCACCUGCAAAGUCAGCCCCACAACCCUGGCCAUACCACGAGCAAGCAUGGAGUAGACUGCAUAUGGAUUUUUUAGGCCCCUUUGAAGGAAGAACGUUCUUUGUCAUUGUAGAUUCAACAACAAAAUGGAUUGAAGCUUUCGUGAUGCAGAGAACUACAGGGUCCGCGGUGAUUAAGGUGCUAAUGGAGACAUUUGCUCGCUUCGGGUUACCAAAAGAAGUGGUUUCUGACAAUGGGCCUCCCUUUACGAGCCAGGAAGUGGAUCAAUUCAUGACACGGAGUGGAAUUAAGCACACUUACAGUGCACCAUAUCAUCCUGCUUCAAACGGAGCCGCAGAGGGUGCUGUCAAGCUAUGCAAACGGGCUCUGCGGAAAGCCACCAAAGAAAAGGUAGACUUGGAUGUGGCAUUACAGACCUUUUUAUUUAACUACCGGAAUUGUCCACACAGUACGACAGGUGAGUCUCCAGCCAUGAUGUUACAGAAACGAGCUCUUCGCUGUAGGCUAGACUUACUUCAACCAGGCGCUACAGUGGAUCAACGAGUCAGGCAAGCCCAAAGCAAGCAGGUGGAAAGGUACACUAGCAAACCAUCACCUUCAAUGAAGCUGGGAGAUCUAGUUUGGUUGCAGGAAUACAACGGCCCUGAUAAAUGGGUACCAGGAACGAUAUCGGAGGUAAAAGGAAACCGCAACUAUGUUGUGUCAAGGGAAAAUGAUACCACCACUCAUAGGCAUACUGAUCAAUUAAAGAGAAGAUUCAAAUAUUGUGUACCACCCGGGAAUCAACUUGAAAACAAGGAGGAUAUAGGUAUAGAGGUACCAGAGCCGGUCGAGCGUCCGAUCCAGACCUCCGAUCGCGACGCGCCCGCGGCGCUCGCACAGCCCGGCACCAGUACCGACCUGCCCGCUCAGGUUACAAGUAAUGAAAAUAAAAGAAUGAGACGCCCGCCCGUCAGAUUUGGGUUUGAGAUAGAUUAA